AUGGAAAGCAACUUUCCAAACAAGAAUAAUUUUUUAUUGGCAUCACGGACACUAAGUCCUACUGGUUCCAAGAAUUCUUCCAGCGAUGAAGAAGCAAGUCCUGAUGCAUGCAUGGGCUACUAUGGAGUUAUAUGCUUUAAUGGUUGUGUGAACAGGUUGAAUAUUACAACUGCUAGUGUCAUUGGUACACUCCACGAAUUUGCAUUUUCAUCACUCCCUUUUCUUGAUUAUGUUGAUCUUAGCAUGAACCAGCUCUCUGGAACCAUCCCUCCUGAAAUAGGAAAAAUCCCACCACAAAUUGGCUCACUAAAAAAUCUUGAGGUCCUCCACAUAUAUGUCAACCAAUUAAAUGGUUCCAUUCCUGGAGAAAUAGGUCACCUAAGUCCUCUUACCAGGCUAGAUUUGAGUACUAACGUUCUUAACGGUUCUAUUCCUGUUUCAUUGGAGAAUUUGAACAACUUGUUAUAUUUUCAUCUUUAUGAGAAUCAGCUCUCUAGUUCCAUUGCUGCAGAAAUAGGAAAACUCAUCAAUCUUGUUGAACUUUAUCUUGAUAGAAACUAA